CUCGCCGUGUUGUUUCGUUGCCACCGCAUCUCCAUAUUUCAACAACGAAACAAUAUAAUUAGACUCCAGAAGAAAUGUCCAACAAACCCACUUACGCAGCAGUCGUCUCCAGCCCACCCAAGGAUACGCAUUUCGCCCCUCAGAACGAGGGUGAAGGACCAUCAGGAUCCUCUGAUGCGCCGCCUCCCUAUGACGGCCACCAACCCAAAUCACAACCAACUAUCACCCCCCAAAACCAAUCCCUUAUCCACCAACACCCUAACAACGCCAACGCGGCGGAACAAGGUGGUUUGACGGCUGGCGAAUGGGUCCCCCCACCUCCACACGUAGCCAAGAGUAGAGCAUUAAGGAGGUUUUGGGGUGCGUUCUUCUGGGGAUGGGUUAUUUGGAUUGUCAUUGGCGCAGUUAUUGGAGGAGGUGUAGCAGAUGCUGAAAGCAACAGACCCUCGAAACAUCAAGACCGCAUUGGCGUGCACCAAGAAUGGGUGGACGAGGCGACCAUCCCUGGUUACGAUCUUUGGAAUGUUCUAGCCGAUUCUUCUUCUCCUGUAGAAAUUACGAUUGAGGAGGAGACGAUUGUGUUUGUCCAGGACCUUGACUGAGAAAGGGCCUUUGUCGCUCCUUGCACGGAUUAUCCUUCUUUAGAUAGCUGCUUGUCGGAAAUGAUUGUUUGUUGAGCAUUUUAUUUGCCAUGUUGUUCGAUUUUAAGUGUAGAUUUAUGAAUACUCUACUAUGGGUAUGAUUCUGGAAUGCAUUCCGUAUACUGAU